CGCCAACCCGGCUACCAACAUUAUUCUCGACCUUAUCAAACAAGUCACCCCGCCCAUACAUACAAACUAGAAUUUUCAAUUGGAAGAGAGGGAAAAAAAUGGCAUCAUGCCACAACAGCAGCCCCGUGCGAUACCUGGCAUUGUACUGUACAGUACGGAACCUGAUAAAUCGCGGUUCGGGCCGGGACGGUACGGGAACGGUAUUCCUCGGAACCUCAAAACUAAAAAUACGAUAUUCGCAUGUGCUCUGCCUGGGAGAUCAUUAUGACCUGUACUAAACCAUGUAUUAAACGCAGUAUGUAUAUGUAUGUACGCACGCUACAUACUAAAGCCUUACUUAACGCGCUCAUAAAAGCACGGCGAGAACCACUGCAUGGCUUGAAGUGCCUUGCCAUGGGAUCAUUCCCCAUUAUGGGGGAUCUGGUUUGUCGGUUUGUCCCGUCCGUCCAUUCCAUGGACCGUGGAGGAGGAGAUGGAGGAGGGGAAGAGGGGAACAAACAUGGUAGCCCUAACUUCUCAAUUCCUUUAAUUUUUUGCUUCCCCUUUUUUCUUUUUUCUAUUCUUGCUUGUGAAGGGACGGGAGUUGUAUAUGUAGGAAUCACAUAUCCCCCCCUCCUUCAUCCCUCUGUACCUCUGCGAUAACGAAUUCUGGAAAAGAAAGGGAAAAAAUGGUGAGGUCCUCUUGGUUAUUUUUUGUGUUGUCCUUGCUCGCAGGAUUUGUCUGGACAAGUCCGUCUCCGACCGACUCAAUCGAGGAAGACAUAGAAUACUCCUCCAGCCCCCAGGCCAAAUUCUUGAAACAGCAGUACAAGUUAUGCCCUGGCCCGGACCACGGGCUAUUGAGAGCCAAGAAUCCAUUCUUGUACAAGUGGGUUGGUAGUUACUACGAUGGCACUAUCGAGACAACAGUAACCCUCUCAAACGCCUCGAUAACUUGCGCCUCGCAAGCCGGUACCUUCAACAGAACCCUAUCCGCCGUCCUCUCAAUCCUAGACAACAGGUACCAAACCGUGCCCGACAACGUGCAGAAGAGCCCCUUCAUAUUCCUGCUGAACGCAUGGAUCCCGGAUCUGCCGUUCUCUGGGGAGAAUCUGGUACCCAGCCAGAUGCCGGCGGGGGUACUCAUGGACUUUGAAAGCGUUUCCGCCUUCAGAGCCGAGAGCAAUGGCGGGAAGUACGGCGACGCGAGCGCCCCCUCAGUCGUGGACCUAAACGUCGGAAGCAGCGGCGGGGGCUGGUCGUUCGUGGGGAGUUACGAGAAUUCCACAGAUAAGCGACUAGGUGUAGAUACCUCCACGUUCGUCUACGAAUUCCCAACCUGUAACGCGACGCAGUACGCGAACUUUCUCAUGCAGAAUUACCCCGCUACCGCCGAUUCCCCCGCCAUCACCGCCAACACCAACACCACGACCACCACGCUCAAUGGCACCUUCUCCCCCUCGACCGCGGAGUUGACCAUUUCCGGCCAGUUCGCCGGGCACUUCGAUUCGUGGAGGCUGGGCGAUCACAAAAUCGACAUAGCGCGGGAUAAAGUUCAGUACGGGAGCUACAAGGUGGUGUUCAAGGGCGUUCUGGAUGCUAAGCAUUCGCACAACUUGACGGUCGGGAGCGCGCCGAGCUGGGUGCCGGACGUUAACAAGACCAUAGAGUACGCUUGCGUGCAGAGGGGAGCCGGGGCAAGGAGUAGGGAAGUGGUGUGGUGGGGUUGGUUGGCUCUUGACGUCCUCCUUUUGACGCUUUGGUCGUGGCUGUAAACGGGUCGUUCCGUUUAUAUAUAUAUAUAUAUAAUUAUGUGUAAUUCCCUGUAUCAUAUAAAGGUUUGUGCCGGUUAAGGCCAUCAUCAAAAGUCA